UGGUCUAAAGCAUUUUAAAACGUCCAGUGCAACCGAUUCAGCGUUCAGUGUGUUUUCGUAUCCAUUACGAGUUACUAAAGUCUGUGAUCAGUUUCGUAUUCAAUACGUUAUAUACAUUUCUUUUCGCACGUCAUAUUAUACAAAGGCCGUCUCUCCGUCGCCGUCUCAACAUCUUCAAUAUACGCCAUCCUCGUCAGCCUACCGCACCGCCGUGUAGUCAUCAUCAUGCUGGCCAUCGUACCGUGUCUACCAGCGUUGUUGCUGUUGUCAGCCGCCGUAGCCGCGCGAUCGGGUCAUACCGUUCACGAUCCGAAUGAAUAUUACAGCGAGCCCAACUAUCACUUCAACUACGGCGUCAAGGAUUUGCACACGGGCGACCUGAAGAGCCAAUGGGAACACCGGGAGGGCGACGUGGUCAAGGGGUCGUACAGCCUGAUGGAGCCGGACGGUUCCAUACGGACGGUGGACUACACGGCCGACAGCCAUAACGGGUUCAACGCGGUCGUGUCCAAGAGCGGCCACAGCGUACACCCGGCCAAACACCACCAGCGCCAACACAACGACAAACAGCAGCAGCAACACGAGCAGCGACAGCCGUCGGUGCUGUUGCAGACUUACAAGCAACAGCCGUUGGCGCAACAACCGACCGCCGCGGCGUACCUGCAGGUGUCCGCACAGCAGCAGCAGCACAAGCCCGCGUUCGUAGCGUACAAGCAGGCGCCGCCGUCCAAGUACCCGCCGCCGCUCCUGUACCGCGGCUUCUACGGCAAGUCCUCGCCCACGGCCACCGCGGCCGCCGUCAACUACAUGGCGUACCCGAACCGUCUGGUCCAGGAUUCGGCCGCGGCCACGGCCACGCCCAAGUACUACACCGCCGACGCCGCCGCCGCGCCACAGUAUUACGCCGCGUCGCCGGCCGAUUACGACGUCCAAGGCAAAGCCGAAGCCGAGGCCGCGCCCGAGUACUAUUACUACACGUCGGCCGCGACGCCCGACGCCGAAUCGCUGGCACCGUCCGCGUCGCCGUCGCCGACGCCAGACUCGGCCAAGUCCGGUCCCGUCCUGUUCCCGGCCGACAACGCCACCGCCGCGGCCGACGCCACGUCCGACCGACCGUCGCCGUCGCCCACGCCGAUCACUCUGCUCAAAUACGAACCCGCGGACAACAAUAACGGCGGCCAACCACUGUACGCCGACUACAACUAUUACGCAUAAUUCGUCAGCUGUUAAAAAUAUAUAAUAAUAUUAUUAUCGCCUCCCCCGUCUUCCUGCCAAAAGAGAUUUUUUAGUUUAGACUUUGCUCACAUUAUGAUUAAUAUGACUAUUAAAGUGUGCGUACUCCCUUUUUUUUACCGCCAUUUUCCGAACCCAAUCGUAAGGGUAUGAGAUUCAUUUUCCCGCAUGUACGGGACAAGUCAUUUUCCAACUCGUCUUACUUGUAAUAUAUUAUUAUACGAAAUCGCGUUACUCAUUCCAACUGACGAAAUUAUACGCACGUGUCACGAUGUAUUAUUGUUAUUAUUAUUAUUAUUAUCACACCGUACAUACCGUGAAAGUCCAGUUUUUUGUAGAAAAAAACCGCAUGUUUGUAUAUGUGUAUAUAUAUAUAUAUAUAUUAUAGUAAAAUAACACGUACUCGCUGCAGUAGGUACUCAUAUAAUAUUUGCUUUCUAUAUAACAUCCGAGUUGUGCGUAUUCCCGUCGCUGCUUCACAUUAAUUCUACGUUUCGAUCCAUAUAAUAUACGAGCCAUUUGAUCUUUUAC